GAAUAAUUUAAUAUUUUUUAGUAGUGAAUUUUUUUAAUUAUUAUAAUAUUAUUGUUAAUAAAGAAAUUUAGAAUAGACAUGGCUCGUACUCGAGGAGGUUCCUCUUCACAUCGCGGAGAGAGUUCGUCACAGGGUGAGAGGCGGAGACCUACAACUUCUGCUCGUAGAAGACGUGGAGCAGUUGAGUCUGAUAUUCAUGUUGAGGACCAAGGAGAUGUGAGGUUUCACGAGGAUGCAGUUGAGGAUCAUGAGGAUGUUGCUGAAGGUGGAUUUCCUGGAGGUCCAUUAAACACUUCAGUAUUGACACAUUACAUUCACCAUGUUGCUUAUGCGAUAUGGCAGGGUCGGGAACGGGAGGAGAUCAAGUUGAUCUCCCAUGGGAAGAAGUUAAACAGAUUAGGAUCCUGCCACGAGGGCAUUAGAGACAUCAUUAAUGGUUAUGGUCUGAUGUCUUUGGUGGGCAUGUCAUAUGACUAUGUUGAUAGGGGUCUACUGUUGGCAUUUGUAGAGAGAUUUCAUUUCGAGACUACUAGUUUCCAUCUCCCCGUGGGUGAGAUGACUUUGACUUUAGAUGAUGUGUCAUCGUUGCUGCACCUCCCAGUUUUAGGGCAGUUAUGUCAUCUAAAGGAAGUAGAUUUUGAAGACAGUAGAUGCGCCAUUGUGGAGCUUUUAGGCGUGGAUGGCGGGAGAGCUGGUGCUGAGUUAACUGCAGCUCACGGUGUGAAAGUCAGAUUGAGCUGGCUUCGAGACAUCUAUGCUGAGCAUUGUGAAUAGCAGCUGUGGGAGUACGCUGCCCGGGCAUACUUGUUGCAUCUAGUUGGAUGCAAUAUAUUUGCUGAUAAGACUGCAACAUCCAUUCACGUGUCUUAUCUUUUUCUCUUUAGAGAUGUACA